AUGGUAGAUAAUUCUGGUAGAAAAGAAAAUCGAUUAUGUAUUGUAUCAUUAAUUGGUAAAAGUACUUUAUUUGAACAACAAUGUAAUAAAUCUUGGAAAUUAAAUCAACUUAUACAGAUGCCUGCAUUCAAAGAACAUUCUGUUGUUAAUAAUGAAGAUGAUUUUGAAUAUUAUUAUGAUCAUUUAAAUAAUACAAUAUAUGUUCAUCUUCGUUCAUUUCAUGAUACAUAUCAAUUACUUCAUUUAGUUGAUAAUAUUAAUGAUGAUACAUCUAUAAAAAAUUUUGCUCAAUUAUGGGAAAAUAAACAAGCAAAUUUUAUUAAAAAAAGUCUUAUAUGUUUUCUUCUAUCACAUAUUAUUAUUAUUUCUCAUUCAUCACAUACAUUUGAUUUAAAUUAUUUACGUUUUUUUCGUAUUAUUGAACUUUUACGUCAUAAAACUAAACCAGCUGUAUUAGAAAUACUUCGUUCAUUGAACGUAUUAAAAGAAGCUGAUAUUAAUAUGAAUGAUGGACGUCUUUGUGUACCACGUGCAUUAUUUAUAUUUGAAAAUCAUCAUCAUAAAGGAAAUGAUAUACCUGGUGGUGGUGAUCGAGAUGAUGAUCAAAAAUUAAUUAAUAUGGCUCAUAAUUUAGAAGAUAUUAUUUUUAAUGCAUUGAGAUGUUCUUAUAUUAUUUCGAAUCAAAUUAAUUCAGCAUUACUUACUAUUGCACAUAACCAACCAUUUGUAUUUAUUCAUCGUUGUUAUAAAGAAUCUUCAUCAUUAGGACAAACACAAAAAUUACUUGGAAUUUUACAAGGUUUUGUUAAGCAAACAAAAGAUUCAUCAAGUAAUUCUAAUCUUUUUAAUCGCUCCCAUACUCAUCAACAAGAUGAUACACAUGCUUUUAAACGUUUUUUAUUUCGUCAUAUUGAAGAAGCAUUAACGGAUGGUUGGUCAAAUGAUGGUAUAUCAGGUGGUGCACGUAGUGAAACAUCAUCAUUUGAAUUAUGUACAUAUUCAAUAUGGAUAAAUUUAUUUAAUUCUAUACGUGAAUUAUUUGAAACAAUACCAGCAACAAAUAAAACUAUGCGACAAGCAUUUGGUAUGCUUCGAGCUAAUAUUGAUCCUGAUGGAAAAUUAAAUGAAACACGAUGUAAAAAAUAUUUACCAAUGGCUAUUAAAUAUUAUGAAGAUGGUUUACCAUCAAGAUAUACUCAACAUUUUCAUGAACAACGAUUACAAGCAACAAAUGAAUUUUUUGCAACGUAUGCACGUGGUUCAAGUUAUAAACGUUAUGUACAACAACUUAAUGAACAAUGCACACGUUUAUGGCAUGAUGGAAGACAAUUAUGUGAAGCUAUUAGUCUUACUAGAAAUCCAUGUAAAAAUGAACUACAUCGCGUACCUGGUGAAGAAGAUUCAAGUGAAUCAGCUAAUAUGGCACAUUUACCAAUACGAUCACAUAAUAGCAAGAUUCAAUUAAUGGCAGCUAGUAAUUGUGGUCAAAUUUUGCAAGAACGUGAAGAUCCAUUUGAUUUAAAAGAAGCUAAUUAUGAUUUUUAUCAAGAUGUUAAUAAAAUGUUAUCAGUAAAACCAAUUUAUUUUGAAUUUCCAAUCUUUCGUGGAACUGUUACAUCUACAGAAGCUCGAGCUUGUAACAACCCUAAAAUUGAAUCAAAACUUUCUAAAUCAUCUCAAGAUCUUAGUGGUGCAUCUGAUCUAAGUCAAUCAAAAUCAGUUGCACUUUAUUCACCUGUACCAGACGAUGAACAACAAGCAUUAGAUAACAUAACUGGUGAAAAAUCCGAUAAACAUAAGACAGUUACAUGUGCUGAUGAUGAACAACCUAUUCCAAGUACAACUGAAUAUCUUGAUGGCAUGACACAUUCAGAUAGUCCACCUGGGUUAUUACCUCGACAUAGUUCAUGGAGUUUAUGUUGUAUUGGUCGAGCAUCUGAUUAUAUACCGACGAAAGGUCUUCAACAACCUGGCUUUUUGACUAGUUUAAAUCAUCUCAUACCAUGGGAUAUAAAUCCACAUAAUAAUCAAACAUCAACAACAAAUGCUGCUGGUGGUGGUGCUGCCCAGUAUCAUCAACAACGUACAACAGCUACACGUAGUUAUAAAAAUAAUCGACGAGGUGCAGCUAGUUCAUCAAUUUGGGAUGUUACCAUUCGUGUUUAUAUUGGAUGUGAAUAUGAAUGUCCACGUGGUCAUAGAUUUUUAUGUGCAUCACCUAAUCAUGUUAUUCGUGUUGGUCAAAAUGGAAUUGUUAAAGAUGAUGGUGCUAAAUUAGUUCGAUCUGAUAUGCCAUUAUAUACUCCAUGUUCAUGUCGAAUAUUAUCUACUGGUGCACGUGUAUGGGCACAAUUAAUGCGUGCAUAUGUUGUAACACCAUCAUCAUCAACACCAAUUCAAUGUGUACUUCAUCCACAAGUUGUACCAGCUGGUCCAAAUAGUCCAACAUUUUUUCCAAGUUAUACUCAACCAAUUCAUCUUACAGAAGAUUCUAUAUGGGUUUUACGUUUUCCAUUUAUUUAUCAUGAUGGAGAAAAACCUUUAUAUCGACCACAAAAUGAAGAAGAUUUAGCUCAAUGUCUUGUUUUACGUGAUCUUUUUUCAUGGACAAAUAAAUCUUGA